CCACGGCCAGCGAGCGCAUGGCGGCCGCGGCGGCCCUGCCGCCCCGCGGUCCGGGCCAGGGCCCCGUGGCCGGCGGCCGGCGAGGCCGGCGGCCGCCGCCGCCGCCCUGCCUCGCGCUGGACGCCGAUUUGGGCGCCGGCGGCGACGAGGGGCCGCACAGUUCAGCGUGGCCACGCCAGUGAGGGCCGCGGGCGGCGCCAGGCGGCACUACAUCGCCCGAUGCAUGGGCACGCCGACCGCCGGGGCCAUCCUCAGCGCCUUCCUGGACCUCGGCGGCGGGGGCGGCCUCAGCCCGCGGGAGGCGGCGGGGCCACCGCUGGACUUCGACGCCGCCGCGGCCGCGCUCGACCCCGAGGGCUGCUGGCGCGAGGCCGCGGGCCCCCCGCUGGACUUCGACGAGGCCAUGGCGCUGCUCGCGCGGCGGGCGGCGGCCGAGGCCGCGGCCGCGCCCGAGGCGGUG